GAGAGUUUACGAGAUGAAGUUGAGUUCGCCAUUUUACUGUUUGAUGUUGUACGUUGUUUGAACUUAACGUCUUAAGUCGUGAUGAUAGAAUUUUUUUUAAUUAAAUAAGUGAAAACGCGUCAUCAGAUCUUUGAAGUAUAUCCACUAAUUUCAAGUAAUCCCCUUUAAGGUACCACUAUGUUUUGGAAAUUUAACUUGAUAACAACUUCUCAUAUUGAGACAUUGUUGAGUAAAGAGAAUGUUACACUUAAAGAGUUAAUGGAAGAAGAUGAUAUUCUACAAGAAUGCAAAGCCCAAUCAAAGAAAUUGAUUGAUUUUUUGUGCAUUCACAGAUGCAAAGGGAACCUUAUACUUGGAUUGUUUACAUCUUAUAGGUAUCCAAACAUAGCUUGUGAAUUGUUGACAGCAGAUGUUCCUCAGAUUAAUGAUGCUUUAGCCAGUAAUGAACCAUUAUUAAAUAAACUCUACUAUUUUCUUGACACUGAAAAGCCAUUAAACCCCCUGCUGGCUAGUUUUUUUAGUAAAACAAUGGGUCUUCUAAUAUCCAGAAAGACAGAACCGGUUUUUGAAUUUUUAAAGUCUAAGGAGGAUUUUCUCACCCUGCUUUUAAACCAUAUUUCAACCUCAGCAAUCAUGGAUCUUCUUCUUCGAUUAAUUACCUGUGUAGAAAAUGCAAUCGUUCGUCAAACAAUAUUGAAGUGGCUUUGUGAAAAGAAUUUAGUAGGGCGUCUUGUAUCAAUCAUUGACCCUGCGUAUAGUGAAGAAGAAAAUAGUAAUGCUGCUCAAGCUUUGAGUGAUAUUGUUAAGUAUAGUCGUGAACAGUUGUCACUGUUGCAAGAUAAAGCUGAACCAGAUCCUCUGCUGGAGUCCAUUGAAUGCUGUGAAACAAUAGAGCAUCUGUUGAAACACAUGUUUGACAGAGAACGAAAAGAAAGUGUACUAGUCAGUGGUAUUGGUGUGCUACUUUCUUUAGUAGAAUUCAAAAAACCUGGGCCUGGAGGUCUGCAGGGUGCUGGAGGCCAACCUGGUCAGUUUGUUCAGGGUGAUCAGCAACAGUUGCAACGUAUUGUCCCUAUCUUUUUUCCCAAUGAACUACCUGAUCAAAUGACUCAGCUGGAUGCUGAGCGAAUAAGCAAAGGUGUAAAUAAAGUUCUUGCUGCCGUAGUUCCUCGUCUCUCAGAUUUUCAUAACCUACUUUUAAAUCCUCCAUCUAAGUCUGCUAUUCUUAUGAAUUAUCAUUAUAACACUGGAAUUAAGUCUCUUUUUUACAUUUUACUUCAGACAACACAAGUUCACUUACUAACAGAACAUCCACAGUACCCAAAGUGGCUAACUGAUCUCUUUUUCAAAUAUAGUUGGAAUAAUUUCUUGCACACAGAAGUAGAACAGUCGAUACGGACAAUACUUAAUAGCCAACCUUCUACUGAUGACCAAAAGAUUAAACUCAAUAACCCACUACUUGAUCAGUUAUUCACACAGUGUAAUUUAGUACAAAGGAUUCUUGAUGCUUGGAAAAACAAUGAAGAGGAGCAAUCUCUUCCAGGGAAGCACAGAAAAGGCUAUAUGGGGCACGUUACAAAGAUUGCAAAUGACAUAACUGACAAUAUUGAGAGUGGGCCAAAUAGUGAAUUAAUUAAAACUAAAUUAAAAGAUUUACCAGAAAACUAUAACAGUCAGUGGGAAACUUUUGUAUCAGAAACUUUGGCUGAAAUAAACAAAAAACAACAAACUCCACUGGUAGGUGGAGUGCCACUUCCUUCAAGUUCUGAGGAUGAAGAGUGUCCAGAUUUUAGAGAUAUUCCAUUUAGUCAACAUUUGACAAUGCAACCAGCCUUUUCUGAUUAUCAGAUGCAUCAAAUAACAAGUACUUUUAUUGACCAGUUUGGCUUCAAUGAUGACGAAUUUGUUGACACGGACGAGAAUCUUGCAGAUCAACUAAAUCGCAUUGCACAGGAAGAAAACAUUGCUGGUCAGCUAGAUCGCUUGGUACAGGUCAACUUCCAACUUGCUGCAGAGGAAAAUAUGAGGAGUGCAGAGCUUUUUGAGCAGGCUUGCAGAGAACGAGCACAAUCGUUAGGUGAUACAGACAGUGAUGAAGACAUUUGGGAAGAUAAAGAACAUGAAGUGACUUUUGCAUCUGGAACUAUAUCCCAAGCAAGGAGGCAGUCCAGUGAUGAUAACAGUAGCGAUUCCGAAGAAGAAGCACACCAAAAGCCAAGUAGCACACCGCUCAGUGGUACAGCUGAUGUGGUUAAAAUGGAAGUGGAUCAAAGUGACUUAUGGGCUUCAAGUUUUAACACACUUCCAAUGGAUCAAAAUCCUGUUGCUAUGGAUACAUCAAAUCCCUGGGAAACUGCCCCAGUUGUGGCUGCACCAGCAGUUGAACCAAGUGGGUGGGCAGAUUUCAGUAACUUUCCAAAAAUUAAUACUGCUGAAGCCUUUUCUUCAUCCACUCCAAUGGAAACAGUGGAAACAAGUAAUGAUCCUAGUAGUAAGUAUGUGGUUCUGGCAAAUUCUCAAACAGUAGAUAAGAAAUCUAGCCCUCAGUCUAAAGCUGGAUCCUCAGAGUCUACUAGCAGUGGCAUAAACCAAAGUGAGAAUUAUCCUAUAGUAUUGCCCCCCAAUUCAAAUCCUGGCCCAUGUGACAAAGAUCUUCAAGACAAAGAAAAGUUCCUAGUGUCACAAAACGCUAUUCAUCAAGAAGUUGAACAAAGUCCUGUAGUGUCUACGAGAGAAGCUGUAAGUGUGCCAGAUGCUGAUAGUGUUUCCACAUCCACUGAAAAGCAUCAUGAUAAAACUGAACCUCAUGAUGUUAAAGAUGAGCAGGUAACUGCUGAGCCAAAAGUGGAAGACUCUACAUUACAGAACGGUCCUGUUUGAGGAGCGGCAGUUGACUUAGUCUGUAUUUAUAAUUUUUUAUCUGUGUAGUAUUGGAAUGUUUAAACCAAGGAAGGACAAAGGUAACCCAAAAAAGCUUUCCAUAAUUAGCAGCUGAUUUACAUCUAUGGAUCAAUCAGUGCUCUUACUGUACAGGGAUCAGGGAUGUUGAGAAUGCUAUUUUUUACACUGAUCCAUUGAAAUUUGUGAAUAUUAUGGUGUAAGAUAGUUGUUUUUUGCAUGUAAUCACAGUAUAGCAAAAUUGAGUUGUUACUUUCAUUGUUGUUAUUAAAAUGUGGGAAUGUCGUAAUUCCAAAAGGGCCUAAAAUCUGUUAAUUGGCUUUGAUAUCUCAAAAAAAAAAACAACAGAAAAUUUAGACUUGGAUUAAAAAACAUCUUAUGUACACACACACGCAAACGUACAUACAUACGUAUAUAUAUAUAUACAUAUAUACCUAAAUUUCUGAAAUAUUAGAAUAAACAUAAAUAUGUGUGUGUGUAUGUAUAUAUAAAUAUUUUCAUGCUCCAACUGAUACCAAUAUGUAGAAGUUCGGUGCCAUAAUUUUGAGUGAAACCAGUUUUUCCUUUUUCUUGUAGUGUUAGAAUUAAAAAUGACUUAACUGUAAAUAAUCGAAACUGUUUCAAUCGGAUAGAUGCAGAUUUUUCAUUCCAGACUAACUAUUUUUAGGUUAAAAUGAAAAUACAAAGUUAAUACGCUAUAUAUCUUUAUAUUCAACAUAUGUAUAGCAUACUAAAAAGCUGUGACUGCUUGACACAGGUUUCAUUUCAGUCUUGGCAAGAAAAAAGAAAGUUUUUGUCAUGGUAUCCAAUUCAUUUGAAUGAGACACUAGCUUUUGUAUAUUAUGGUAUUUGAGAAUUAAAAUAUUGCCAUCGAGUUUUCUUGCAUAAAAACUGAUUUCUCUGAAAACUAGUGUUUACAUAACGUAUAUUUGUGGCAUUUCCUACCUCUUGAAGGAUGGUUCAUAGCCUAGAAGAUAUUUGAGAAGCCACGCAGUUGGUUUAGUACCAAUAUUGCAACAAUAAACAACAUCCUGGUUGGCCGGGAGCACUAGGAAAGCAUCAAGGACAUGUGUGAAAGUGUGUUUAUAUUACAGACAAAGUCUAGCCUCUUAAGAAAACAUGGACUGUAGCUGCACAUUUCGAAGACUGUGUAAAAAAAAAAAAAAGUUGAAUUACUCAGCAAUUAUCAGUGGACAAAAAAUCGUGUAUGAUGUGACAGCUGUUAAUCAAACUGGAUUUUGAAUAUUGAAGUAAACUGCUUCUUGGUGUUUUUUUUUUUUCUUCUUCUUUUUGUAGUGUUAUUAGAGUGAUUAACAGAAGAGCAACUGUGUCUGGGAACCAGGAUAAUCCAGCUGUGGAUAAUUGUGGAAGGAUCUUUCUCCAAGUAAUCAUAUUUAGUCAUAAAAAGAAAAUAGAUUGUAAUCAACCUGUGGAGUGUUUGAAUGUACGAAGUAGCUGAGUGGCUUACCACUUGUGCAGUUUGUUCAGGGUGCAUUAACUAUUAGUAAGUGCCUUGAGAGGAUGAGCUAAUCCAGUUGCCAGGUUCAGAAAGAUUGAAUAUUACCUUAUAUACACAUGUACUAUUGAUUUCUUUCCCGUAUCACAUAAACUGUGUAGCAGAAUGGCCUGUACAUUCUUGGACUUUCUAGAUCCAAGUGGCAAUAAAUGUCUUUAAAGACUUACAAGA